CUGGGCAACUGACGUGUCGAAAGCGGAGUUUCCGAGCAUCUGGCUUGGAAGGAGGGUUGUCUGUCGAUCACAUAGAGGUCUUGCCGGUUAUUUAUUUUCUGUUUCUAUUUCACCAUAUUGGUUGCUGUUUGUGUUCUUUCCUAAUAGAGAUAGGCAGUAGGCACUCAGUGGCAAGAUGCUGGACUUCUUCGCCAUUUUCAGUAAAGGAGGCAUCGUACUGUGGUGCUUUCAAGGCGUCGGGGUGACCGAAUCUUUCACGGGGCCCGUCAACGCACUUAUCCGCUCCGUGAUCCUGCAGGAGCGCAGUGGAAAUAAUUCCUACACCCACAACGCCCUGACCCUGAAAUACAAACUGGACAAUGAGUUUGAACUGGUGUUUGUGGUGGGCUAUCAGAAGAUCCUAAUGCUGACAUACGUGGACAAGUUCAUAGAUGACAUCCAGCUUCACUUCAGGGACCGUUACAAAAAUGUGCUGGAGCAGAGGGGAGACUUGAAGCUUCUGUUGAACAACUUUGAUUUCAAGGAUGACUUCACAAGGCUUCUUCAUAAGGCAGAGGAGAGCAGUAAAAGCCGCGGGCCUGUGUCCAUGAAGCCCUUCGCGGAGUCGCAGAAGUCUCAGAAGACUGUCAAGUCCAUGAUCGAGACUAAAGGAGGGGAUAAGGGCAAGGAGCCCAGCGGCAAAGGCAAGAAGGGCGGGAAGAAGGAAGCUCCAGCUCCGGAGCCGGUCGGAGUGGAUGCACAGAAGGGAGGCGCUGCAGCCGCCACCGUGAAGGCAGCCGAGAACGGCAGCCAGAACCUGACUCAGGAGGAGAUUGUGGCGAUGAACCGCGAGAAGUUCUUCGGCAAGAAGCUCCGAGCGAACAAGGAGAAAACCAGUAAGUCGCCCAAACCACAGAAACCCAAAGGCAAGCAGAAGCGAACGUGGGAUAAUGGAGGCAGCAGCACUAAGGAACUGGACUACAGCAACAGCAAUGGCAAUAGCUCCCAUGAUGCAUCUGGCCCCUCUGGCGACGCUCCGGCUGACGUCAUGGGUGUACAUCAGUUGGAUCCUAUGAAAGGAGACCUUCGCCCCGUUGAUGUCUCGAGUGAGGAGGACGACGACGAUGAUGACGAAGAAGAGGACGUGACGGCCGUCGCUGAUAAAAACACCAAGAAGGGAGGAAUUGGGGGCAUGUUCGGGAUGCUCAAGGGCUUGGUAGGAUCCAAGAACCUCACCCGGAAGGACAUGGAGCCGGUGCUGGAGAAGAUGAGGGAUCACCUCAUUGCGAAGAACGUCGCGGCGGACAUCGCCAGCCAGCUCUGUGACUCGGUGGCGAAGAAGCUGGAAGGCAAGGUCAUGAGCACCUUCACCACUGUGGCCACCACUGUGAAGCAGGCCCUGCAGGACUCCCUGGUGCAGAUCCUGCAGCCUAAGAGGCGCGUGGACGUGCUGCGUGACGUGUUGGAGGCUCGUGCCCAGCACCGGCCCUUCGUCAUCACCUUCUGCGGCGUCAAUGGCGUCGGCAAGUCCACCAACCUGGCCAAGAUUUCCUUCUGGCUCAUCGAGAAUGGCUUCACGGUGCUCAUCGCCGCCUGCGACACGUUCCGCGCUGGGGCUGUGGAGCAGCUACGUACACACCAGCGACGCCUCAACUCCCUGCACCCGCCCGACGAGAACAGUGGGCGGUCCAUGGUGCAGCUUUACGAGAAGGGCUAUGGGAAGGAUGCGGCUGGGAUCGCCAUGGAGGCCAUCGCUUAUGCUCGGAACCAAGGUUUCGAUGUGGUUCUCGUGGACACCGCCGGCCGCAUGCAGGACAACGCUCCGCUCAUGACUGCACUGGCUAAGCUGAUUACUGUCAAUUUGCCAGACCUGGUGCUGUUUGUGGGGGAAGCCCUGGUCGGGAAUGAGGCCGUGGAUCAGCUAGUGAAGUUUAACCAGGCCCUGGCAGACCACUCCACCUCUAACAAGCCUCAUCUCAUUGAUGGCAUCGUUCUCACCAAGUUUGACACCAUCGACGACAAGGUGGGCGCUGCCAUCUCGAUGACCUACAUUACCGGGCAGCCAAUAGUGUUUGUGGGCACAGGGCAGACCUACAAUGACCUGCGCAGCCUGAACGCCAAGGCAGUGGUCAGCACCCUCAUGAAGGCCUGAGGGGGGGUCGGCGGCGGCUCAGCCUGCCGCUCGGACUCACCGUGCAGCCACGCUCCCGAGAAUUCCAGCUCUACUCUACAGCCGCUUCUUUUCCCGAGUCCUACCCUGCGACACACUGACUGUCCGGAGACGCUCUUACAGAUCCACCUCAACUUUACACGACACGGUGGGGGGGGGGGGUGCUUCCGUGAAUUUAACAAGCAAAGAAGGGAGGGUUUUAGCCGUGUACACCUGUCAUAACCUGUGGGGCCAAUUGAUUCUUACCUCAGUUGUACUUCAGCUUUAAGUGGGGAACGAGACCCUGGAUUGAACUGAACCAAGGGAAGCCAGCAGAAAUCAGUCAAAAGCUUGCUGACGGGGAUGCACACCCUUCAGCUUUCAGGUUCUCAGUUGCUAAUGGUCGGUACCUUGUUUUUCUGCCUGCCUAAUCCCGAGGUCGAGUCCGAACGUGACCCUUGGCCCAUUUCCAUUCAGACUUCCCAGAGGAAUGCGUGUCAUGGUCCAGCUUCUGUGGCUCAACUUCUCUAAGGCCUACCACAAUUCGACUCUCUCUGAAAGAUCCCCCACCCCACCCCCAUGAGAAAGUUACCAUAGUGCCUACUCUUGUGAAGUCCUCCACAUCACUGCCCUUCCCAUGUUUACUGAGUGGUUUGUCGGCGCUGAAGGCCUAACCAGACCUGUCCCAGCAGAAUGAUCUACUCCCCAUUGCUUCCGUACAGCUUGUCCUGGGGAUGGUGUCCCACGGUUUAAGCCUUUGAAGGUGAGAAACAUGUCUUAAGCUUCUCCAGUUCCCUUUAACUCUGCAGUAGUGCAAUCGAUAGGAGAGAAUUCAGAGCUAUACCGCUGCAUCAUGGAAUUUGAGAAUGUAACAUUUCUUAAAUAAAGCUGCUAUCCUAGCCA